AUGGAUUCAACAGCUACUGGUUUUAAGAGGAAUUCAAAUGAUAUUGCUUGGGAAUUUGCUAUUUGCCCAGAUCCUACAAACUUGGAUAAAUUGAAGUGUACAUUGUGUGGAAGAGUUUAUAGUGGGGGGGGGGGGGUUUCAAGAAUGAAACAACAUAUUGCUCAUGUGAAAGGAAAUGUAGCUCCAUGUCAAAAGUCUACCAAAGAUGAUCAGUUGAGAUGUCGAGAUGCUAUCAAUGAAGGAAAGUUAAAAAAGAAGGGAAAACAAGCACAUGAUGAAGCGUUAAGAUCGGAGGUGAGAUUUGAUACUAAUGAAAACAUUAGUAUAGACACGGAUGAAAUAGAGAAUACUUUUGGGAGCUUCAGGGAACCAUAUGUUAUAGGCCCGAUGGAUAACUUUGCAAGCACAUUAAACCCCGAAGAAUCUUUGAAGUCGGGAAAAGGCAAAAAAGUUGAUAUUAACAAUGCUAUUCGGAAAGAAAGAAUAUCAACUGUGAAAAGUUUCAUUGGUAGGUGGGCAUAUGAGUGUGCAAUUCCUUUUCAUGCCUUCGAAAAUGAUAGCUUUAAAAUGAUGGUGGAGGUAAUUGGCCAAUAUGGAACCGGGCUUCCAAUUCCUACUAGGUAUGAGUUGAGUAACACAAUUUUAAAAAAAGAAGUUGAAAGAACAAAAAAUUUAGUGAAAAAAAAUGAAGAAGAAUGGAAACAAGAUGGAUGCUCGAUUAUGACGGAUGCUUGGUCUGAUAGAAAGAGGAGGAGCAUUAUGAAUUUAUGUGUCAAUUCAAAGAUGGGUACCGUUUUUUUAUCUUCAAAAGAAUGUUCGGAUGAAGCACAUACAAGUCAACAUAUAUAUGAUUAUGUGGAAUCUUGCAUUCAAGAAGUUGGUCCCGAACAUGUUGUUCAAAUAGUAACCGAUAAUGCCACGAAUAACAUGGGAGCCGCAAAGUUGCUAAAAGAGAAAAGACCAAAGAUUUUUUGGACAUCAUGUGCGACACAUACCAUUAACCUUAUGCUUGAAGGUAUUGGUGGGCUUCCAAGGUUCAAGAAAGUCUUAGAUCAAGCAAAGCAACUAACCAUCUUCAUUUAUGCCCACCACAAAACAUUAGCUAUGAUGAGAAAAUUCACUAACAAAAGGGAUAUCAUCCGACCGGGUGUUACGAGAUUUGCUUCCGCCUAUCUAACAUUACAAAGUUUGUCUGAAAAAAAAGAGCAACUAAGGCAUAUGUUCUUUAGCAACGAAUGGGAGGAAUGUAAAUUUUCAAAUGCAGUUAAAGGGAGAUCUAGUCAUACAUUGGUGACAGGUUCCACAUUUUGGGCUGGUGUGGCACUUUGCUUAAAGGUGUUUUCCCCUUUGGUGAAAGUCCUUCGUAUGGUUGAUGCGGAUUGGAAGCCCUCGAUGGGUUUUGUUUAUGGUGACAUUCAAAAAGCAAAAAAAGAAAUCAUUGAUGCUUUAGGCAGUAACAAAAAAGCAUAUGAGCCUAUCAUAAAUAUCAUAUCAAAGAAAAUGAAAGGUAGACUAGAUUCAAAAUUGCAUUUGACGGCCUAUCUUCUAAAUCCUUAUUAUCAUCAUAAGGAUCCGCAACUCCAACAUGAUCCCGAAGUAAUGGAUGCGGUUCUUGAGUUUUUUGAUACAUUAUUUUUCGGAGAUUUAGAGAUGCAAAAGCAAGUCAUGACUAUUGAGUUGCCAAAAUUCACACAAAGAAAAGAAAUAGGUUGGAUGCAAAGAAAAGAAAGGAAUAUGGAAGUGCUAUUAGCUAAUGAUAGUCACACGGCUCAAGAAUGGAUUGUUGAUUGUGGUGAUUGUGAUGAAGAUGGAGUUGGAGUUGGCAUAGUUGGUGAUGGUCAAGGAACCGAUGAACUCGGACAAAGUUCAAGAACAAGAGAACUUUUAGAUGAAGAUUUUGCGUCAGGGAGUGAGCAGGAAGUAUUUGAAGAAGUUGAUUAUGAAUCGGAUGGAGUUCACAUCAUGGAAGAAUGCGGAGAUAAAGAGUAG